UGAAGGUUACAUCGCCGGUAGCGUUUUUGCAUUUGUUUUCGUAAUGUUGGAAGGUGUCAAGCAUGUUUUGUUAGUGUUGUCUGGUAAAGGUGGUGUUGGAAAGUCAACCAUCAGCACGCAAUUGGCCCUCGCGCUAAAGGAAUCGGGAUUUCGAGUGGGUUUACUAGACGUCGAUCUUUGUGGACCUAGUGUACCUUAUCUGUUAAACUUAGAAGGCAAAGAUGUACAUCAAUCGUCUGACGGAUGGGUACCAGUGUAUACUGAUAGAGAACAGAAAUUAGCUGUCAUGUCAAUAGGAUUCUUGUUAAAAAAUCAAGAUGACAGUGUUGUUUGGAGAGGUCCUAAAAAAACAGGCAUGAUUAAGCAGUUUUUAACUGAUGUUGUUUGGCACGAUAUCGAUUAUUUGAUCAUUGAUACACCACCAGGAACCUCUGAUGAGCAUAUCACUGUGAUGGAAAAUUUAAGAAAUGUGAAAUGUGAUGGAGCACUUAUAGUAACCACUCCACAAGCAGUUGCAGUUGAUGAUGUUUUACGGGAAGUAACAUUUUGUAAAAAAACUGGUAUUCCCAUAUUCGGUAUUAUUGAAAAUAUGAGUGGUUUCGUGUGUCCAUCAUGUUCAGAAUGUACAAACAUAUUUUCUGCUGGUGGAGGAAUAGCUUUAUCAAAAAUGGUAAAUGUACCAUUCUUGGCAAAAGUGCCUAUAGAUCCACAAGUUGGAAAACUGGCAGAGACUGGUCAAAGCGUUCUGGUGACAUUACCAGAUAGUCAGGUAGCACAGGUGUUUCGGAAGCUAGUCGAACAAGUUACUAAAAGCAAGGAAGCAUAAGAGUGAGACCAUGGAUACCACCCAUACAUUUCCCUGUGACCUAUAGUACUUGCUUGUGAUAUUUAAAGAGUCUUUCUGCUUUAGAAGGUUGCAAAAAAAUCUGAUUCCUUUUCAUUGUGUUUUCCUCAGACUCGUAUCAUGAUCGUAUAAAUAAAUAAAAGAAGCUAUAGUAUUUAAGAACACUGUAUAUAGAUUUUUUGAAAAGGCUUUAAAAACUGCCUACAUAUUACGUGCUAAAGAAGGAAGGCUCCUUAAAUUAAACUUUAGCCCUUUGUGAGCGAACAUUAUUUUGAAUUGUUUUAUGGUAGGUGAUAUGUAUUCAUUUGAAGAAUUAUUUUUCUUACGGAAAAUAUAAUAUAUGUGUAUAUCUCUUAUCAUUGUAAAGAAGAGGGUAUGUAACUGUAAAAUCACAUAUAAAAGUAAUUCGCAGGGUCGCAGAGGGUUAAUAUAAAUCACAUUCUACAAAAUGGGUAGAAAAUACAAGUACAAAUACAACGAGUUUUACACGAUAGCAUUUACACGAGGUACAAGUUACCGAAUUUUUUAAUGUCACGGGAAAUACAGUAUAAAAGUGUACGUGUGUAUACGGUCAAUAAUAGAGAAAUAGCAGGGUCGAAAAUUUUGCGAGAUUGUAACUAAUAGUAGCGCAGGUCUUCAAAAACCUGAUCAAACAGCAGAGUUGGCCAAAUGUAAUC